AUGAAGACCCCAGUGCAAACUCCUAUUAGGGAAGGCAGAAGUAAACUACCCUUGAUUGUUGAUGUUGCUCUCGAUAGUGACGGAAAACAAUUAUAUCAAGUUCAUGAAUCGGAGCUAUUAGUCAGACAAGAAAUGCCUAGAUCUACAAACUUUUCCGAUAUUGCAAACGAACACGAGAGCAAUCAUGAUAAUGAAUUAGAGGAUGAUGAGCGGACGCCGAUUAGGAAUAUGCUUGGUAUAGUGACUCCCAAGACAUUGGAACAAAGACGAUCGCAGGACGAUCUUGACUCCGAAGAACCGGAAUCAGCUACUAGAAGGAUACCUGGCUUGAAUAUUUUCACUGGUUCUAUGCCUCUUAAUUCUUUAGAAAACCCUUCGGCUUCCUGCUCCAAUGAUCAGAAUAUAUAUCCUGCUACCAAGCCGAAAGACAACGAAAUUUGGUCUGAUGAUGUUGAAGAUGCGUUUCAGGAAGUAUUGGCAAUAAUUCCUAAAAAUGGCUUGAAUAAGAUCAAACUUAGUGGAAAAACCUGCGGCAGAAAUGAGCUCAUUUCUGACUACAUAUUUAUGAAGACUGGCAAGUUUAGAUCUAGGAAGCAAGUAUCGAGCCACAUUCAAGUUAUCAAGAACAUGGGUCAAAAUCCGGAUCUCAUUGAGUUGAUUAAUGAAGGGCCAAAGUUCAGCAGCGAGGAAGAGUUGCUCCACAACAAGAAACAGUUCGAGUCAAUAUUUUCAAAAAUAAACCUAAACAAGUCUCUUGGAAUAAGCAAGUUAUCGAAGAGACGGUCAGAAGACCCCAGUGCCACACAUCCUAUAUCUUCUAAACGCUCCAAGUCACUGUCGUCUUCUUCCUCGUCUUCAGUGCAUACAUUAUCAUCCACAUCACCAAUAAUGAAUGGUACAAAGGUUUUCAUUGAUAAUUUUUUUAUUUCACUUUAUGAUCCAGUAUCAUUGACAGACACAUAUUUAACUAGUCAAUCUAAUGAAGAAGUAAAACUUCUCAAGUUAAAUCCUGAUGCAAACUACGGAUUAAGAUUCCCCGGACUAGAGGAUUUUCAAGAUUCUAGUAUUCCUAUUUUUCAUAACAUGGCGAGGGUCCAGUUACCUGAAAUGCCGCUAGAGUGUUUAAUAAAGGAUGGACUCAAAUCUAACUACCGAUUGAAAGUUACUGGUGAAACAUCCAGGCAAUUUGCUAUUUACACUAGUAUAUAUUCUUUUGGCAAUGAAGUAUUGAAAUUUAUCGAAGACACUAUAGUUAAUUAUGAUCAGCCAUUUUUGUUGAAGUUUUUGAAAUAUUUCUUAAAUAAAAUUGUGGGAAAAUCUCAAUCUGAAAUUGCUGUUGCAUUUAAAGGUUUGACUAUCAAGCAAAUUGUUUAUGAAGUCAACCCAAGACAGACUACUAACAUGAUCUCAAAGAAAAACAUUAAACAAGUGCUCCUUUGGGAGUUUGCUAAGGUUAGCGAAUACAGCCAAGCUUUUACUACAACAACAGAAUUGUCACUACCAGCAAAGUCCAGUCAACGAUCUAAUUCUUGGAACGGCUCUGCAUCAGAAGUAUCUCAAAACAGUAUUUCUCAAGGGGUUGCAUUACACCCACCGCCGCCGCCCUUCAUUGCUCCGAAAUCACCGUCCCCCGCUCAACCAAUUCAGGCAGCACCUAACCCUGUCGACUUCCCUGCUAAUCUGUUGUUACCUGUACAGGAGCAAUGCAUUCAGAGCAAUGUGUCUACAAAUAACUAUACAAGUUUACCAUAUCAACAACAACCAUUUCCGCGAUUUCAACAGCCAGCAUUCUUUCAUCCAUCAGCAAACAUGGACUUAAUGUCUGUUCCUACAGAAGAAAGUUUACUUGAUAACGAUAGCUUUUUUCAAGAUCUUUGA